CUUCCGCUGCUUGGCCCGGGCUUCUCGGCAGUCCUGCAGUCGCUCCCCGCUCCGCCAAGGACGCCGCCACCCGGCUGCCCGCCAGCUCUCUCGGCGCUCUCCUGAGUGGCCCAACACGACCCCGAGUGACCCGCGGGACGCCUGUACAUCCCUGGUCCCACCUGGCUGGGAUUCGGGUGAACGCGGGACAGAAUUCACCUGGCGGGUCCCCAGCAAACCUGAAAUCUUGUGUCUCGCUUGAGCGAGGGACUCGGCUGGGACUCGGGAGAAGGAGGUGCGGCGGGGCUGUUGACGCCACGUGAGUAGGAUGCUGAUUACACCGCUCAACUGGUAGACAACCUCCGAAGCGUUGCUUUAGAUUUGUUUUCCCGCACAGCGAGCUUUGUGCCUUUUUAGGAAAAGUAGAGGUGGUGAAAGCGUCAAACAAAUUGUAUCCAAAUGGCCACAGAAAUCGACUUUCUGCGAGAUCAGAAUCAAAGGCUAAAUGAAGUUCUUAGACGGUAUCAAAUGGAAAAUUUUUUCAAAUAUUCAUCGGUACAGAAAUCUGUCUUCAAAGGAGUUGCAGGUGACACAGUAGAAAACUCAGUAGUUGACCAAAGCUUUUUAGUUCCUCUUAUUACUGAGUAUGAUAAGCAUCUGGAAGAGCUAAAUGGGCAGCUGAAAUAUUAUCAGAAACAGAUGGGUGAGAUGAAACUACAACUUGAAAAUGUCAUCAAGGAAAAUGAAAGGUUGCACAGUGAAUUAAAAGAUGCUGUUGAAAAGCAAUUGGAAGCCAUUCCCUUUGGCACAGAGAUGGGAAAUGAGAUAUGUACAGAUGAUGAAACAGUCAGGAAUCUUCAAGAACAACUACAACUGGCCAAUCAAGAAAAAACUCAGGCUGUAGAACUCUGGCAGACUGUUUCUCAGGAGCUGGACAGACUACAGAAGCUUUACCAGGAACAUAUGACUGAGGCCCAGAUUCAUGUAGUUGAAAGUCAAAAACAAAAGGAUCAGCUGACCAAUUUUCAACAACUGACCAAGCAACUUCAUGUAACUAAUGAGACCACAGAAAUGACUAAUCAACACUUUUUGAAAACAGUAACUGAACAAAAUGUGGAAAUCGAGCAACUCCGAAAACAACUUAGAGUUGGAACAGAAGAAGCCAGCAAUCUGACAAUACCAACAAGGCACAGACCAAAAAAGAAAGACUUUCUCCCUGUAGCCAAAGGACCAGGAAAGGAGAAGCCAAGCAUGACAAAAAACUUUGAACAAUCUCUCUACUCUAGCCAGGGGCGUAAAGAAGAAUAUGAGACUUUACUUCUAGAACCUACUGGUCAAGAGCAGAAACAAAUUCAUAACUUCAUUGAGGAGGAUAUGGUAUCUGCCCAAGGAAGAGAGGAAGCAUCAGAUAGGCGCUUACAGCAAUUACAAGCUAGUAUAAAACAAUCAGAAACAAGGUUAUGUGUGACAAUCCAAGAAGCUACCCAAUUAAGAGCAGAAAAAAUACAUUUGGAAAAACAGACCAGAGACUUACAAGCAAAGUGCUAUGAAUUAGAAAAUGAGAAAUACGAAGCUAUUGUAAGAGCCAGAAAUAGCAUGCAACUCCUAGAAGAAGCUAACCUUCAAAAAAAUCAGGCUCUGCUUGAGGAGAAGCAAAAAGAAGAAGAUAUAGAGAAAAUGAAAGAAACAGUUUCUCGGCUCGUGCAAGAUGCUGCCAUAAGAACCAGGAAGGAAGUUGCAAACACAAGAAAACAAUAUAAUGUACAGAUUUCUCGACUAACAGAAGAACUUUCAGCCCUUCAAAUGGAGUGUGCUGAAAAACAAGGCCAAAUUGAACGAGGCAUUAGGGAGAAAAAAGCAGUGGAAGAAGAACUAGAAAAGAUUUACCUUGAAGGCAGAAUAAAUGAAAAUGAUUACAGAAAACUAGAAGAAAUGCACCAAAGAUGCCUGGUUGCAGAACGUUCAAAAGAUGAUCUUCAGCUAAGACUUAAGACAGCAGAAAAUAAAAUCAAACAACUUGAAAUAAAUUCCUCGGAAGAGAUAUCACGUUGCCAAGAAAUGAUUCAGAAACUUCAAAAUGUAUUGGAGUCUGAGAGAGAGAACUGUGGAUUUGUCAGUGAACAAAGGCUGAAACUUCAGCAGGAAAAUGAACAGUUACAGAAACAGACUGAGGAUUUAAGAAAGAUUGCUCUCGAGGCUCAAAAAAAAGCCAAAUUAAAGAUCAGUACGAUGGAGCAUGAAUUUUCAAUAAAGGAACAUGGGUUUGAAGUUCAGUUAAGAGAGAUGGAAGACAGUAAUCGAAAUUCCACGGUUGAACUGAGGCAUCUCUUAGCAACUCAGCAGAAGGCAGCCUGUAGGUGGAAAGAAGAAAUGAAGAAACUCACUGAGAGUGCGGAAAUUAGAAUCAGUAGUCUAAAGAGUGAGCUGAAUCGACAGAAACUUCAUACCCAAGAGCUGCUUUCUCAGCUGGAAAUGGCAAAUGAAAAGGUAGUUGAGAAUGAAAAGUUGAUUCUAGAGCAUCAAGAAAAAUCCAACAGACUUCAGAAACGACUGAGUGAGGCGGAACAGAGGGCUGCUUCAGCCUCCCAGCAGCUCAGUGCGAUUACAGUACAGAGAAGAAAAGCAGCCUCCAUGAUGAAUCUGGAAAAUAUUUAAAAAUAUUCAUAGUUCACUCACAGAACUUUAUACUUGGGAAAGCUGUUGGACUAGAAGUUUAUUAAAAUGGUAAAACCUGCAUAGAAUGGUUAAGGCUUGCGUCGUUUUGCAUAAGCAUUUUCCAUUCUGUUUUGAGGGUUAUUGGAAAACAGAACAGCUUCCUGUAAGUAAAGAAAAGGUAAUCCUAUAUUGAGCUUCAGUAGAGAAUAAAGCCAGCUGGGAAGAACUCAUUGCCUUCAUCAACGUGUCUAUUUUUUAAUUCCUCCUUUUUCCCUUGGAAGAGCAUAACAGUUUUCAAACUAUGCUAAUCAUGAGAAAGUUUUAAGAAAUUGCUUGAAUUUUAAUAUUUCAGGUUCCAGAAUUUGAGAACUUUACAUCUGUUACUCGUAACUCAUUUUUAAAGUUCCCAAGUAUCCGUUUUAUUAUUA